AUGUCUUAUACAGACCACACUGAUCCUGUUUCAUUCGAUGAUACUGCUUUCCCUUUUAUCGACGACUUUGAUUGGGACGCAUUCUUUAACUUUGAUCCUGAACCUCUUAACCCUUCACUUUCUCUUGAGGACGUCUCUUCAACGCAAUGGAAACAUCUUGAUUCUGCCCAUCAAGACCAGCCGCCUUUGGUUGCUCCUAUUGCUGGUCUUGGUAUUCCAAGGGAUUUGGCUACCGAAGACAGUUCGCCGGCCAUGGGAAAUGCUUCCGUCUCCAGCCAACCGACAACAACAAGCAAUUUCAUUGAGCAAAGCCAAACCAAGAGGGGGAUUCAAGAUUUCCUUUCGUCAUUCUCUGUCAAUGAAACUUCGGAAUCGCCACCGCGUAAAAGGCAGGCAUUCCCCCCCAGCCGACGAACUGAAGUUGCCAAAGUUCGGAAAAUCGGAGCAUGUCAACGAUGUAAGAUGAGAAAAUUAACUUGUCAAGCAAACGGGGCUUGUAGGAAUUGCAUCCUCUCAGUUUCUGAAAAUGUAGCUCUUGGAGAACAAAUUUGCUUUCGCUAUACUCUGGUGGAUCUGAGAUUUGGCUCAGGAGAUUUAUUGCGCCAAUCCUGGGACAAAGACAUCAUCGACAAGCUUCCUCACAAGGCACAUGCAACCACUCACACUAUUUUAGUCUGGUUUCGUUCUGAAUUCAUCCACAAGGCACUGCGACUUGAAGCCGAAGACUACUCGGAGAGUCCAGACGAUAACGAUCAAUUGCUGAUGUUUUCUGUUUCUGAGAACGAUCCAAGUCAACCGCAAUUCCUUAGCCUUCCCACCCCCAAAUACGUGAUCAUCAAUGACUCGUUGCCCUCAGUGACACAACUGAAUGAAUGGAUCAAGGAGCAAAUCGAUCGCAGGAAGCCUGGAUGGAGUCCAGCUGCAAGACUCUUCAACACGUUCCACACGUUACUGGAUAUUUAUUCGAACACUGCAUCCGAUCCACCUUCUAAAGAAUUCUCGAAAGCCGCCCUGCAGAUUACGAAUCUCUAUGAAUGUUGGCGUAACGUUCUCUCCGGCAAUAGAUCACAACCUCAAACACCAACAUCACAUAUCUCUAGAGUCGCCGGAAUUCAGUUUGCAAUGAUCGCUAAGCAAGGGAUUGCAGACUGUGAGAUUCAGAUGCUCUCAAAGCUUGAUGAUCUUGUUCAAAAGUCCAAGAGACCUUCUAAAGAGAGAGAAUUGUGUAUCUGGGCUGGGGUCUGGACAUUGGCCCUACUAUAUCGGGAUAUCUUGUGGCGUUACCUGCAAAUGUCUCGGCGGAAAGGCAGUUCGAUCUUUAACUACGAGACCUCGAUAUUCCUGGCGAGGCAGAUGUACAACGCUCUCACCUCGACCUACAAUCUUUUAUUCCGUAACAGAUCCCCACUGGACCUUGAUUGGAAUAAUGAUGAGAAUUACGCCCGAAUUGCACGGAACACGGAAAUUCGAGAUCUCCUGAAUCUGAUCAAAGAACAGACACAAACCUUGUAUGAUCGAUCUUUCGACCUUGGCGAAGAUGACCACAUCCUCCAAUGUUUGAUUGCUAAGCAGACACACACGGUAUCAUCUCCAAUAUCUCAAUCUCUGACACAUAGUGCUGCUAGGGCAACCUCGGUUUCGGGCGUCGGAGGAUCUUUGUCUCGUAGUGGUGAUGGUGGUGGCGGCGGCGGCGGAGGAGGAACAGGAGGGGGUGGUCUGAAUAGGGGUGGGCAUCCGGGUGCGAGCUCUUCUUGGGAUCCAACUUGGGGGCAUUAG